AUGAUUUAUGUGGAAGUGCUUAUAUUCCUGACCUUUAUUAACGUCAACCUAAUGGAAGGUUAUCUUUUGACUCUUCAAUAUGGAAGGCCAGAACAGAUUCAGAAAUAUCUCAUGGAGAAAGGCCGCGAGAAAUCACAAGCUGUAUGCUUGAACUACGCUUACGAGUUCAUGAAGCUUCAAGAGUUCGGACCUAAUUGCAAAUAUAAUGGCAAAGCAUUGAAGAAAGUUGUGGAAAUCUGCUGUGAUAAGGAAUCGGAUGGAUGUCAUGUGAACGUUUUCACAAAGUAUUUCUGUCAAGAUGAAUUAUGUGAGAAAACUUGUUUAUCAAGAGCUUUGUAUGCUACGCAAAAAACGGUCAACGAGGUUAUGAGUGAUGCUCCUCCAUUGGCAAAAGCUUUUAUGCAGAAUAUCGUUACACAUGUACCUGAGCUGUGUAUAACGUUUCCGAAAGUCUGCACAGAGGAACUGGAGAUUCUGACGUUUUUCCAUCAAUAUUUGAUUGUUCGUCUGGAUUUGUUGAAUGAACUAAUGAUGAGAAUCAUCAAGACCGGACUGAAUACGGUAGUCAAGCGGAUUGUUAACCCGAACGACCCAAGAUAUCAGCAAUUUGAUUUCAACACGACCCUUUAG